CAUAUGGCUGGUUCCGUAAAAAAUCGCCCCAUAAAAUGACCUUUUAAGCAAUUGGUUGGUCCUUAUGCUCUGACCCAAUAAUCGUGCAGUUUUGUGCUUUAAAAGGUUUUACUACGCGUGCAAUAAACGAGUUCCUGCUUGACUCGACUUCCCGCUGCGUCUGAUUGUCUCCGGGAUCGGGAGGCUGGGGAACGGCCUCACGAUGUGGACCUUCAUGCUCCUGGGCCUUCUCUGUGCCUCGGCCUCUGCCAGUGCCAUCCAGGCCAGGGCCUCCUCCUACAGUGGCGAGUACGGAAGUCCAGGAGGAGAGCCAUUCUCCCACUCCGGCCUCCAGCUGGAAGGGCCCAUCACAGCCAUCCGUGUCCGGGUUGACAGCCGCUAUAUCGCGGGUCUCCAGGUGCGCUAUGGCCAGGUGUGGAGCGACUACGUGGGUGGCAACCUGGGAGACCUGCAGGAGAUCUUUCUGCACCCAGGGGAGUCAGUGAUCGAGGUUUCUGUGUCAUACGGUAACUAUCUGAAGACCCUGGACUUUUUCACGAACUACGGUCGCAUCUUUUACUUUGGGAAAGACACAGGCGCGAGCUUCUAUGCUGUCCCCUUGGACAUCGACGCCGUGCUCCGAUUCAUCAGUGGUCGAGCUGGCUUAUUCGUAAACGCCAUUGGCCUGCACUGGGACACCAUCCCAGAAACUACCCCAGCAACUGCUGAGCCCGCCUCCUCCGUGGCAGGGCCCCGUGGUGGGGUGUGACAACUCCCUGAUCACCAUUCCCAUACAAAUGGCUCAAUAAAAGGACAUGGCUAAA